GCGAGGGUGACUGGGAACUGGGGUGAGUUUCGCCAUCGGAAGCUUUUAGAUAUAUCAGAAUCCGAUUUCACAAACUAAGUUGGAGUUUCCUCAAUAGCCGGCGGGCAAGAUUUGAUGUCAGGAUGUGGAUCUCCUAACUCCCCCAUUAACAGCUUCUUCUCAAGGGAUACGUUGCAAAGCUAGAUAUGUUGGUUCAAAGAAGCAAAAGAAGCUGAAAAGCCCUUUUUUUUUCUUCUUUUUUUUCGUGACUGAAACAAGCAUCCUGUGUUGAAAGGUAGCUACGUAGCAUAUAGCUACUCUUUGACCUUAGAUUUUAAGCAUUGAUCUUCCCUUUUUUUUUUUGGGAGUAGAGUACACCGAUUGCUGUAGUAAAAGUUGAUUUUAGAUUUUAAGGCUGAAGGGGUCAUCAUACUGGUGAGAACAUGAAAGCGAGAAGGGGUCAGUUUCCGAAGAAUCAAGUGGCAUUUGUAUGUGCAAUUCUCUGUGUUUCUUGUGCUUUAGUUUUGUUUGUCUCAGUAUUUAGACUACCAGAUGUAACCAUAGCCUCGUUUAGGCCCGAGAACAGAAGAGCAGUUGGGAGAUAUGAGAAAAUAGGGAAAUUUGGAGAAAUGGUAAUUGAAAUGCUACCUGAAGAUCUACCAUUUACUGUAUUUUUGCCUUCGGAAAAAGCAUUUGAACGUGACUUAAGGUUGCAUUUGAAUGAUAGUUUAGUGGGAGACAAGGCCAAUGAUACAUAUGCAAUACUAACUCGAGUAUUAGGAUUUUCAGCUGUGCCGAGGAUGAUAAAUGCAGUUAAUGUUCCAUAUGGUCAGGAGGUCGAUUUUGAUUCCUUGGCUGGAUUUACUCUGUACAUAUCAAGGGGCGCAGAUGGAGUGUUAGUGGUUAAUAGAAUCCGAUCGAACAAUAAUGUUGAUUUGCAGCAGAGGAGUAAAAUCCUUGUUCAUAGUAUGGAUGGAGUUAUCAUGGAUGCAGAGUUUGAGCAAUCAGUUCUGCCUGAUUACAAUGAAGAUGGAGGAGGAGGGUGAUACCCAUUGCAUAUAACCAUUGGAUAUUUUGGGUUUGGCUGCCAUACGCUUCUUUCAUCAUGGAUUGCAUGUUAAUCAUAGGAUCUGGUGUUGGAAAAAAAGCAAGAGCUUAUUCUUACUCAAAAUGAUUUGAUUCAUUAUUCCUUUUACGAGGUUUAGCAAAGUUUACCGUGAAAUUGGAGACACUACUAAAAAGAACAAAAUGCCUAACCUUGGCCAAUUCAUGUUUGAUGUUGAACCUCUUAACCAUGUAACCUACAUUUUGUAAGUGUUUUUAUCA